GUAAUGUUUUAUACGGAGAACUUGUUAGAUUUUAUAAUGACAGUACUAACAAAAACGUAACUGAUGAUAUAUACAAAUUAUCUCCAAACAAACAAACUGCCGAUAUAAGUGCUAAAUGUGACAAAAUCGGUCAGUCGACUUUUUGUGUCACCUCUGGUUCCAGCACUAGUGGAAGAUUUGGUGGCUUAUGUGGUGGAAUUCUAGGUGAUACUUUACCUGUCAAUUUAACUAACGGCACUUGUCUUCGAGCGAAUGAAGUAGAAGCGAUGGCUAGAAACCUGGCGUAUGGUCCUACCACGGGCUCAGAUUUUACUUGA